AUGCCGUACGUUUUCGAUUUUCAGGGCCCCGAGGCCAAUUUCCGAUGCGACCUGACGUGCGAGCAGUGCACGGCGCAUUCUGCGUCCGGUGCGCGAUGCAAGCGAGUGGUGUGUAUAGGCUUGCCGUACUGUUGGCAACAUUCAAGGUCCGUAUCUCACGUGACGAUCAAGGACGGCGUACACGGCAAGGGCUUGUUCGCAUGGGCGCCCGGGGGAGGGCAUGCGAGGGUUUUUCGAACCGGCGACCCGUUGGUCGUCUACGGAGGAGAACAUCUAGCGACCGCACAGAUCGAUCAGCGAUACGGUCUGCACAUCACUGCUCCUUAUGCGCUAGAGCUCACGCAGAAUCACAUCGUAGAUGCGGCAUGUAAGAGGGGCAUCGGGUCCAUCGCCAACGCCCCACGCGGCACCAACAAGAAGACGAAUGCGAAGUACGCGAUGAAUAACGUCACCGGCACCAUGAUGCUCCGGGCCACCAGGCCGAUCUACGGCGGGCAAGAGAUCCUCGUGGGGUAUGGCGGCGGUGCUCAAAUGGUGGUCAUCGAGAAUGUAAAUGGUUUCAACUCGAAAGACAGUGGUGCCCACUACGACGGUCUCGUCGGUGCCCUCAAUUCCUCUGGCUAUGUCGUUACGAGCAAGGUCGGGGGCAGCAAGGUCGUCAUGAGAUACCUGCAGAGAAGCGCGCACUGCAUUAGAACCCCCCACGUCAGGCAACUCCUCAGUUGGGUUUGGUUGUCGGGUCAAAUUCCCCCAGAGCUUGGCAGCCUUAUCAACCUCACCUCCCUCGACCUCUCCUCCAACAAUCUCUCCGGCCCCAUCCCCCCUGGGCUGGGCAGCCUCACUAAACUCACCAGACUCGUUCUCUCCUCCAAUAACCUCUCCAGCCCCAUUCCCAUCGGAUAA